AUGUGGAGCGGGGCAGCUGCUGGACCCUGGAUGCGGACCCGUGCACACCUGGACACACACCUUGUCCACCAUCCAUUUCUGUCGCUGCAAUUGGCUUUGCUUUGUUCCUUCUCAGAUACAACUGUAGGAGGUCAACUCGGGCCAUUGCGGUCCAGACCAGAGCAGAACGGCACCAGGAACUACAUCUCCGGCGUGCUUGAUCAACGGGCACCAAUAGCCAUGUCCGGGUCGGGAGAAUCCUUCACUUUGCUCGAGAGUGGCACCUCUCGUAUGCACUUCAAGCUCGCUAAGGCCCUGGAAGAUGCAACAUCUCCUCAUGAAAGCGAUCUCGCCAUUCAAGAUGCCUUGACUCAAAUUUGCACCCGUCUGGCGUCCAAGUCAUCAGCGCGGCACCUGUCGGAGCUCGUGCCACCACUUCUCACCUUGCUCCAUUGCCUCCAUCACUAUCCCUCCGCUGGUCAGCAGCAGGAACCAUUGGAUGUCAGCUUCGCUCUACUCCCUACUCUACAGCUGCUGAGCCUCGCUACAGACUGGAACGACGUGCUCCUGGCGCACCAGCUCCUUCCUUUCUUGCUCGAGCGUCGACCAUCUCCCCUACCUAUCUCGCCGAGCUCUUCAGCAACAAGCCGUUCCGCGCACAGAGACGAAGAUCAUUCCUCAUCCCUGCUGCUGCUCAACACGUUCAGGGCCAGUCUUGCCGCGGCCCUCGCUUCGGGUGACAAUGAUGUCACUCCCUCCGAAUCAUCGCCGUCUGCCUCCUCGUCCCGAUCGCGGUCGAGGUCACGCUCUCCAUCACGGACACGCCCUCUCAGUACGUCAGCAAAGGCCGCCUCAUCAAGAUGCACCGAUCUCAGAGUUAUGGAAACGCUCAAAUCGCUCGCAAAUGGCAUACCGCAAGGCCCUGCUGUUCUGCCAUCGCUCGCUUCCACUCUGGUUGCCUUGACUCGACACUCAGAUUCGACCAUCCGCUCUCUCACGCUCGACGCAAUGCUGUCGUGCGCUUCAUUCUCGAGUGGAAACCAAGAGACAGAUGCGGAUGGCGAUGUGGAAGGACGGAACGAGAUGCUGGAAGCAGCCCUCACGAUUGCCCGCCUUGUCCUUGCAUCUACCUAUGCUUUUUCCACGGGCUCCGACAUCGACGAGCAGGACGGAGUGAUCCUCGCCGAGAUGGAAAGGCGCGUAGACCCGAAUCCAGGCGUGCUGCGCUCUUGCCUCAGGAUCAUUGAACGCGCCCGGAUGGCAGGUCUGAUCUCGAGCAACGAGCUUGCUUGCCACGUCGUCGAGAUCCUUCAGGCGACUAGAUGGUUGCCGAUGCAUCUCGAGCUCAAGUCGCUCCAGCAAAUCGACGUCCCGGUCCAGGUGACGAACCGCACAGAAGGUCUGCGUGCGCGCGCAGCUGCACGACAAAGAGGCCCGCUCCAGGCGCAGCACAAUUACUAUGGCACAUACGCGCCCUGGCUGACCGAAGCCUGUCUCGCUGCCCUCAGCAGAUGUGCAAAGGACCUUCUCGCGUCUUCCACGCCCAGACUCGAACAAGACACGCAUGCAGAGCUCCUCAAGUCGAUUCUGCGCAUCUACAACUCUGCCUCCCAAGGCAAAGCGGCCGCGCUGGCCCUGUGUGUGGCCUCUGCGCGCUGCAUCGGCGCAUUAUAUGAUUCCCCGCAGGAUGGCUCGGAAGUUUCCGCCCACCCAUCUCUUUCGGCCUCAGGUGGUAACCAGGACGGCGAGACUGCAGCAUUGUGGUCUGCACUUACGCGACACACGAGAAGCCAGCUUAGCAGCACCAACCCGAAUCGCAAAGCUGCAGGCAUAAUGCUACUCGAAGCUUUGCUGCCGGUCGGAUGGGCAUACCAGAACACUGCGGCUGCUACCGGCGAGGCAGGCAAAGGAGUACCAUCACCAGCGCCAGUGCAUAUGACCGAAGAGGACAUGGCACAGCUUAUGACCUUGCUGGCCGAUUCCGAUUCUUCGAUCCGCAAGCGGACUCUCGGACUAUUGCAUCGAGUCGACUCGAGCCUCACUUCGCUCAUGCGCACGCAGCUGCAAUCGUCUGUCGACACGGAGCUUCUCAAAUUGAACGGAACUCCGAUCACCGCCGAGGUGACGUCUGUGGCCUUGAGACUCCUCGAGGUCGCCGCUUUCUCCGUACAGUCUGCGGAUGGCGCUGCCCAAGCAGCUGCAGAGAGCGAGCUCGAACGUGCCGUCAUGAGCAUCAUGCCACUGAAUCCCUUUGGAUCAUUCGGCUCGAUCGAGUCUCCCCCGGACACUGCUUCGAGCUCGGCCUUCCUUUGGCAGCUGCAGGCGCUAUCGAUCGACAUGCGAUUGGCUCUGAUGCGGUGCCUUCUGGGAGCGGCUCGUUCGGAACCCGCAUCGUCCGGAGCUCUGCGCCUUCUUUGCACUUUGCUGGCCGACAUCACUCCAAGCGACUUCCGAGCCAAAUCCGGUGCUCUUGACAGCUUUUGCAAGUGGUCUGUAUCGGAGCUGCUCGGAUCAGAUGGCAUCAUCAGCUUCUUGAUACGAGCUUCAGGAGAAGCCAGAGCCCUAGCGGCAGCGCGCGAGGCUAUACUCGCCAUCACAGCCCGGACCUUUUCGUUAAUAGUGAACCUGGAAGGCUCCGAAGAGGCGCCUGCAACACUCGCUGCAUGUUUGGAGGCACUGCAGCCUGUGCUUUCAAAGCUCAUCGAGACCGAGUCCAUCGCGGCCAUUCGACUCGAAGCAAGCAAUCUGCAGCUGAUCUGCCGAACGAUCUUCCGCCCCGCCGAAGCGCAACAUGCAAUUCUAAUGGACAGGAUCAAGACGAUGGCUUCAGCUUGCCAAACCAUUGCAAAUUCGGCAAAGUGGCUAUUGACGCUCGAGCUCGACCACACUUCGGCAUUUCAGCGGAAGGAAGACCGCAAAGCCGAAUCCACAGGAUCAGCGCUGCUCGCUGCCGCAAGCAGGUUCUUCGCUCCUUCUUCCACGAGAGAUCAUAGGACGGCGCGCUCUUGGACGCAGUCUGCAAGCUCUGCCGAUAGCUUUGCCGCCGUUCGUCUGCGCGAGCAAGUUCCGGAUUCGCUGCUGCAAUCCUCACUCCUUCUCUCGCCGGACGGCAGCACCGCAACACUGCGCUCGAGCGAUCGUCAUUCCAGUCACGGAAACAGCAAGUCCAGCAGGCAGACGAGUCAAGCCCUCUCUCGCUCCGCAAUCCCGUCCGAAACCAAGCGGGUCCGCGACCGACGCAUCGCCGACGCUAUGUCAGAGUCGAUAGCCAAUCUCGUCCUUGGCUCGGACGCGCAUCCCAGCUCGUCCAAAAACGAGGUGAUCUUCUCAGCGACCUCUUCGGGCGUUCUCGAGGGCGAAGAGCUCGAGCUUGUUGAAGAGGUAGCGGAUCCCGAGAGACGUCUCGACCUUGCAACGGAUGCAGGAAAGGAACCGACCCUGCUGGACCUGGUGCACCAGUGCCACAACCACGACCCGUGGCUGGACACAAGCUUGACGCCGUUCAUUCUUGAUGGCGUCCAGAUCGGCUUUUUGCCCGCGAGGGUCGUCAAAGCCUGCAUGGACGAUUCGGAUCGCCAGCGAAAGGCUGGACUGCCCGCUGUCCUGCGCAAAGUGCGUUUUGCCAUGCGCCAUCGCGAGAUCGUUCCACCUUCGGCAAAGUCUCGUGUCUGCGAAGCUGUCACCUUCACUGCAGAAUUCGCGACGGAGGAAGCACGCACCCGAGGCCUGAACGAGGUCGCUCAACGCUGGCGGAAGGCACGCAUCUUCCCCGACCCUCUGGACGGCUGGAGGGACGAGCUUUAUGCGAUCUACGGCCUCAACCCGCGUCCUGGCACACGCAACCCGAUCGCGUUCAAGCUCGAACGUGCCGCCUGCGCUUUGUUCGGCCUUGCGACGUUCGGAGUGCAUCUCACGGCGUACACGGUAGCGCCCGAAACCGGCGAGUUGCGGGUGUGGGUUCCGCAGCGAAGCAGCACUAAGUCGACAUGGCCUGGCUACCUGGACAACUCGGUGGCGGGCGGCAUUGUGGCGGGUGAUCUGCCGAUGGAGAGCGUGGUGCGCGAGUGCGAGGAGGAGGCGAACCUCGAGGCGACGCUGGUGGAGAAGCACAUCAAGCAGACGGGCGUGCUGAGCUACUGCUACAAGACGUCGGCGCAGGGCUGGAUUCAGCCCGAGAUCGAGUACGUGUACGACCUGCCAUUGCCAGCAGACGUGGUGCUGCAGCCCAAGGACGGCGAGGUGGACCACUUUGAACUGCUCACCCUCGACCAGAUCUACGAGAAGAUGCGCCAGGGCCGAUUCAAGGCCAACUGCGUGCUCGUGAUCCUCGACUUUCUCAUCCGCCACGGCUUCAUCACGGCAGACAAGGAACCGGGCUACCGCCAGAUUGUGGCGCAGCUUCAUGUGGAUUUGCGCCUCCCGGGGCCAUGA